AGAAUACCAGGGCAAUUACCAUGACAAGCCACAAUUAAUUAGAGCUAUGUUAGAUACCCAAUUUUCUUCAAAUUUAUUUAACCAAUCAGAAAAAGAAAAUAUAAGAUUACCACAAACUCCUGGCAUCCUGAACCCAACCACAUGUAUAAAUGUUAACGAUGUCAUUUUGUUUAUUGCUUCGAAACACAAUUUCCCUAUGUAUGAUGUGAACAAUUUAUACAACACAAACCCUCAUUUUGACUGGGGGAAAUUUCGAGAAAUAGCAGAGGAGAUAUUGCUCUCCCCACAACCUUUUCUUUAUUUCAUGUAUCAGUUCCAGGAGCCAGGAGUCUAUGUCAUAAAGUUAAGCAGCAAUCACUAUAAGAAGAUGUACAUUAGAGUCAUGCUAUAUGGAGGACAUUGCUAUGAAGAAGGACCCUUUUUCCCCUCUUCUCCAAGGCAUUUCAUCCGAAAUGGAAUUGCAAGAAUCCCUCCUCUUCUUCUAAAGCCAGACUGGCCAGCUAUAAUUGGCAUAACUGCAGGUCUCUUGCUUAUUCUGAUUAUCAGCAUUCUGUUUCUACUUUGGUUUCAAGACUUGGGCUGGACACAGAAGGUUAAUGACAACCCCCAAUUCCGGAAGCUACAGCUCAAAUUUAACUUUGAUAGUUAUUCUUCCAAGGGGUCUUCUGUAACAAUACUUAAAAAGCUGCAUCCUAGAAUGAGAAUUAAAGGCUAUAUGAGCAGAAAAUCGGAUGAAUCAGAUAAAAAGAAGUGUCAUAAAUUGCUUGAAGAUGAUGAAUUUUGGGACUAUGAACAGCAGAUAGAUAUGGAAUGUUUUAACACACAAAUCUUUUAUGAUAUUUUACUAAAGCAAUCUCUUCUGGUUGCUUCCAGACUUGGCCAACUUAAGGAAGAGGUAAAGACUUUCUAUGAAAAGCUUGUAUAUGAAGUGAGCGCUUUCAAAGAAAUCUUUAUGAAACAUCUAAACAUAUCUGGCUACAUGAAACGUUAUGCAACGUCGGUUAUGGAAGACUACACAAGAGUGAAGGAAGAGGCCGAACUGGAGAUAGCAAGGAGAAAGAAGAUUGCUGCAGAAUAUGAAGAUUUCCUUAAUAUGCAACUGCAGAUUUUACAUCAGGAUCUGAAAUCCCAGGAAGACCAUUGUACUGGGUUUAAUGGAGCACUAAGAGAAUCUGUCAGAAUACUAGAGAUGCUCAAAGACAAAUAUUGCACUGAAGAGACUGAUGCUAAGCAGAGUACAUAUUAUUACCGAAAGCUCUUGCUGCAGUAUGAAGCAGUGUGUAACAGAAUGUACAAUGCAGUCAUGAAGGAGUGUGAGCGACUAAAAUCCUGGGGAGUAUUGGGAGAAGGAACAGGAGCACAGCUUGUCAACAAGGAAAAGACCAGCCUGCUUUCAAAAGAGGAUAUUAUAGCUCUGGACGGUUCAUUAAGAGAAUGUGAUCUUGUAUAUAUAAAUCCAUUGCAUGGGCUAAUUACCCCUACUAAGCAUUCUGUAAUGAUGCUGCCCAGUCAUUAUCUAACCCCGGUUCCUGGUGACCACUUUGUACACAGUGAAACAGGGAGGGUGCUUCCUGUUGUUGGGAAUGUUGGAUAUGAUCCAAUCUCCUCCCAGUUAAUCCCAAGUGUAGACUCUGCAAUUGCUGAUAUUUGGAAGACAGAACUACCCACACUUCCCUACAUUCCGUAUCCUGUUUGCCCAGACACAGGUCUACCAGUGGAGUGCACUCUGCCAAGUUUCCACCAUCAAGGAAAAGGUGAAUGCUUUCAGUCUAUGGUGGAUGCAACAUCUGGGAUGGAAGUGCCAAUACUGGCAGUGACAAUACAUCCACAAACUCACAUGUGGUUGGCUGUGGGGGGUACAUAUAUUCAUCCUCUUACACAGCUUCUUUCACCAAUUGAAAUUGGCGGCCCUGUGAUGGAUUUUAAGGAAGAGAGAAUUUUCCCAAUUUUAGGAGUUCAGCUAGACAGCAACACAGGCCGUGUACUGCCACUAGGGGGAUUAAUGGCUCCCACUGGUAGAAUUUCCAUUCUAGGAGACAUUUUCACUGAGCCUCUGAGUGGAAAGAAGUGCAGAAUCCAGGGGGCUGUUCUGCACCAAGGGAAACUGUCACCUCAUGCAGGCAGCUACCAGUCUCUUCUGGAGACAAACAUGCUUCUGUCUCAAAUAAAGGUUAUUGAAAUUAUUAAGAGACACAAAGACUUACUGUAUGAAGAUGUGCCAGUUUUGGAAGAGGAUUUUGAUCACAUUUAUAAAACUCUAAAUAAAGCAGUGGAAACUAUGAAGAAGUCAUCGAUGGUUAUGGAGAAGCACAAUAUGUGUAGGAUGUACAAUUUAAGAAUCCACCACAAAGUAGCAAGUGAUAUUAAACACUGUGGUGGAAACCUAGGAAUGGUAAUGUAUCCUAAAACAGAGCUGUGGAUACCAGCAGUUCUUGGAAUGGAGAUUCCUGACCCCGGACCCUCGGAUUUGAUGGUGCCGAUUCUGGGAGUGGAGUAUGAUUUUAACAAAGGCCACCUUAUUCCUCUUGCAGGAACAAUGGUAGACUCUGAUGGAAAUGGUCUUAUCGCCAUCAAAAUGGGAGCAAACACCAUAGAUCCACUUACAGGGAACAGAGGUCCUGUGGUUAAUGCAAGAAUAAACCCUAUGACAAGAAGUGUGGUGCCUGUUGUACGUACAGCAUGUGUACAAGAAAGGGAUUCUUACAUGCUGGAGGUGACUGAGAAGGAGCUGUCCUUGAGGGAGGAAUUUUGGCAUAGCCAGAAGGAUAAGGAAGAUGAUCUGAUGAAGGAAUUGAAUCAUAUAACAAUGUACACAAUUGAUGCUGCAAAAGAACUGAAGAUACAUAAGGUUAAAGUGAAGGAGAGGAUGUUAUCACUUGAAGCAGCCUGUCACUCACUAGAAGAAACCUCUCUGUUUGAAACCCAAAGAAGAGCUGCUAGGAACCUUAAUACAUUAACGCUUAAUGCUAGUCAUAUACCUUUUCUGGAUGAUAGCACAGAAGAGAAGGAGCAGCAGAUGAUGGUGACCCUGGUUGUGAGAAAAACUAUUGAAAGACUAAUACAAUUUGCUGACAAGAUGGAACAGGAGACUGAGAGGCUACACAGACAAAUUAAUGAAUGGCAGAAAGGCAGGAGGAACGCUGAGGAAACAAUGAACACCAAACACAGAAUGGUUUUGCUGCACUUAGUUGAUGAAUUUCAAGAUCACAUUAUGAAAAGACUUGCUGGUGUGGACUUUGCCUAUUGUAGGCUGGAGUAUUUAAGAGAACAUGACAGACUACAGGGACUUUUGGCCAAGUCUUUUUUAUUAGGUUCAGCACCCUAUUUUAUCAAUCCACAAACAACAUAUUGGAAUGCAAGAGGAAAAGGUUUCAAAGAUAUUCACCAAACAAUGAUUCCUUUGCUGAAGCACAUGAUUCAUAUCAUGGAAGACAAGAAAAAUUCUGUGUUAUUAUCUGAUGUGAAAUUUCCAGUCUCAGGUUACUCUUCAAGAAGUACUUUAAAAGCAUCAGCAGCAAACUGCAAUUUCAGUGAGGCAUCAAGUGGGAUAUCUAAACUUCAACCAAGCGCUCCUUGGCUCAACCAUUCUGAAAUUUUUUAUAGGCAUCAAGAUUAUUUUUUUAGGUUUCUUAUUGAGAAACAUGCAGGGGAGCUUGUCCAUUUGGAACAGUUGCUGGUGGCAGAAGAAAUAAACAGGAUCUGGAACUUUUAUGAAACUUACAAAGAAAAUAUUACUGCAGCAAUAAUAGAGGGAUUUCCCAAAGUGGCUCAAACUGCAGGCAAGAAAAGUCACCCUAUUACUAGAGACCUUAGACCUGAAAAGGAGACGAUUAAAGCAGAGAUGCAGGCAUUGGAAAGGAGCACAGAUUUGUUCUUUGAGUGGGAGAGGCUUGUUGAGGAUCUGGCUGGUGUGCACAGAAAUGCUCUAAACAUGUUGCAUCAAAGGCACCAGGAAGAAGUCAAAACUGUGGGACUGAACCCGGAUACUGUAAUACCUGGAAAUUAUUUCAUGAGAGAUAUGAAAACUGCCCUUGCCCAGCUUGCCACAGACAUGCAAGUAGUAUAUGAAUACCCAUACUAUAAGGACGUUCAAAAGACGCAGGAAAUGUCAUCUUCAGCUUCUAAAUUAUUCCCAGAUGAUAAGGACCCUCACUAUCAUCACUAUAGAACUAUCGCUGCAAAAUUUGUAAAGCAAGAGUUAUUGACACAGAUUCAUACCUAUGAGAUAUUGGAUGAAUACAAUAAACUGCAGGUUGCUAACUGUAUUGAGGAUGUCCAGAAGAGCUUUUCCAGUUUAGGAUAUAUGCCUUGGUCAGGAAAAGCAGCAGCUGAGAAAGCAGCAAACAGCUUAGAAGAAAAUUAUAGUGAAAAACUCGUAACAUUUUUAACAAAGUCCUACAAAGAAGAACAGAUCCAAAACAGACAGAUAUCGCUUAGUGAAAUGCAGUCCCAAUUGAAAGAAGAACACAAUUCACUAACAGAGAAAUUGCUCCAGGAGAAAAGUACAUUUCUGUUCAGUGAAUUGACAAGUUCACAAACCAGAAGAAAUGUGGAGCACAUUGUAUGUUCGGUCCUCUCUCACAGGCACCUUCGUCAGAUAGUCAUACUUCUGCAAGAUGCAUUUCCAACCCCAAAGGAAGUAGAGGAAAACACAGGAGUAAAUUGGAAAUUCUAUGAAGACAUUAUGGGGAAUUGUGAAGGUUAUAUUUUAAGUUUAUUGCAAGACAAAGGGGAAACAAGUUUGCUGUUCAUGGAGCUAUGCCAUCUAUUGAAAAGAAUACAGCUAAGAGAAUGUCAUCUUGAAGAAAUAGCAACUGCACUGAAAGAAUACUGCUCUGAUAAGGUCCCUAUUCUACCUUGUGUUGAAGAAGCACACUACUUGGCCAAUGAACUUCACAUCUUGAGAGAGCAGAAGUUGAAGAAACUUGUAGAAGAACUGAGUGUGUUAUCCGAAAACCUAAAAGCAAAUAAAAAGUCUAGCUCUCAAGUGAUAGAAGGAAAGGAAGAGAAAGCUAAACAAGAAAAAGAAUUGCUGAAAGGAUUGCAAGAGAAGCAGGCUUCAUUGGAACAAGCACACAGGAAGCAGAUCUCAGAGGAGCGACUGGCCCUCCAGGACCAGCUAGAACGUGGGGAACUUAGUGGUUUGAUGAAGCAGAAACUUAUUAAGGAUCAUGAUGAAACAGUCGCAUUCUUGGAAAAAACUCUACAGAGAGAACUUGAGAAGCUGAAUAUGGAACUAGAAAAAGAGCUGGUGAAGAAUAGACAAGACAAAACAAUCCAUUUAAACUCAUUGCCAGAGACAAGUGACUUACAGAAUCCUCAUCAGAAUAUUUUAGCCCUUCUGGCAGACAAUAUUAGCAUAUUUCAGCAAGCAGAACAAAUUGCAGCUUGUAGAAUAACUCUCUUGGGCCCGCAGCUGUUUUCUUCAUUUGGAGCCCCAGGUGAGAAUGUGCCCAAAGCUCUAGAUUCAUCUCCUGCCCUUACUCUACUCAAGGAAGUGGAUGCUGAGCUACGAGCAAAUGCUCAGAGAGCUAAAAUAAUUCAAGGGUGUAACGAAGCAGGCAAAGAUAAAGGAAAUGAAUUUAGAGAUACAAUGGAUUUGCAACUUACCUUUAAAGAAGACCUGACACCAGUAAAUCCAGAGCAAUUAACUACAAGAGAGUUUGUGAUUUACCAGUAUGGUAUCUACAUCCUGCAGUUGUUACAGUCACAUAUCCAAGAAAAAGAAAUAAACCUAUACAUUACCUCCAGAUUGCCUGGGAAUGAUCACAAAGGGAAUGCCUUUGGCCACUCUUUUUAUUAUCAGAGUUCAGGGAAUAAUCUGUUUGUGUCACGUGAGUAUCUGCAGUCUGUUGGAAGCUUCGUCCUGCUGCUUGUGCACUGUGUAUCUCAUAUUUCUGCUAAAGAUUUCAGUGAUGAUUCCAACCCCUGCUUCCUACGAAUUUUCUAUCAGGCAUUAAAGAUUUGCUUGGGUGACUGCUUCGCUGCCAGAUUUCAGAGAGCAUCACUGGUGAAUAAACCCAGUUCCAACCUGCAAGAAACUCAAGAGACAGAACAACAGCAAGCAGAAAAAAGUUCAGAUUUCCUCAGUAAACUCUUUUUAUUCAAAUUAAAGUCAUCCACACAAAAGCCAUUCUUUAAAGGGACAUGGAAUAGGUGUAAAGAAAUGAAGUCUUUGCAAGCAGUUGAGAUAUUUCUCAGACACAGAGUGGCUACAAUGAAGAGAGAAUUUUCAACACAGACCAGCGAAAACUCUACCCAGCAUAUCAACUGGACACCACCGGACGGAGAUAAUCUAAAUCAAAUUAUCAGUCUACAGCACAUGGAAGAAUAUCUAGACCAACUUAAUUCUGACUUAAUAAAGGUACUGGAAAAAGAAAUUAAAUUUAAAAACAUUGAUGGCCAGCAAUGCUAUUUCCAAAUGUUAUUGUUGGAAAAGGAAUGCCUGAAGAAGAAAAUAAUGAAUUUGGAGGACAAACUUUCUGGAAUGAACAUUAUAUUGUAACACCACAAGUGAUGUGCUGAGGUUGGCCCAAACCCGCCGGCCUGAUAUCCGCAGGUCGGGCGGGUUUUAUUCAACCUCAGCACAUCACUUGUGGUUUGCUGAGGUUUCACUAGAAUCCGCCCCUGAGCUUGAAAAAUCUGAUAGUUAUGGCUGCACCCACUGUGUUAACAAAGCGGAAUUCGGUGCAAAACUGCACUGCCCUGUGUGGCACUAACCUAAAUCUUUAACACCAUUACUGGGAACUCAGGCACUUGGUCUUGUCCUGUUUGAGGAAAAAAGAAGAAAAUCGUUAUCAUUCUUACCAACAUAAUCUCUGAGAAGCAGUUCUGACAAACCCUCUUGUUUCUCAUAGCAGUGUUAUGACAAGCUCUGCAGCGUCUCUCAGAAUCAUGUCUAUCAGGUUCUUCAGAGAGGGCAGAUUUACUAAGAAAAAAUAAUUAAACAACUACAGUAUAGGAGUUCCUUUCACAUAGAGGAAUAAACAUAAAUAAUAAUCAGUCAAGCACUCACUCACAAUUGCUACGAUUGGUGUCUGCCAACUAUUUCAUGUUCAGAACAUCCGAUUUGUAUUUUAAGUGCUUUAUCCUACAGUUUCAGUCUGAAUGUUAGUUUCAUUGCACUUACACGUAUGACUGAUAUCUGAAUGUUCGUCGGAAGAAGACGUGCAUGCCCACUUUAAGUUGGUUAUCCUUCUGUCUGGGCUUAGGGUUUCAAUAGGGAUAUAUCCAUUAGUGUUUUAUCUUAAUCAUGUUGAAGGAGGAUGGACAGAAAAACCCCAAGAGGGUGCAAUGCCUGUGAAAAUGGAUACCUCUUUGUCUCCAAGCAGGACAAGAUUAGUUAUAGGUAAGACUCUAGCAGCCAAUCCAAAGGAAAGCAGAGAAGCUUUUCACAAACAUGCACAUUAAUACAAACUUGAUUUUUUAAUUUUCAGUAAAAGAGCUUGUGAGGUCUCAGUUUAUCCAAAACUCAGCCCAUGAGCUGCACUAACUCUACCAAUGCCCCACAAGCCCUGCUCCUUUUACCAUCCUCUGUCAUGGAGUCCCUGACAGCAGUACCCCCGAUGGCCACCCUGGGUAUAGUCACAUGCAUACCAAAAAAUGGAAUCUUCAACUAUUUGGAAUCCUUAGCUAUAACAUUUUCAAUAGUAAACCAAGACUUUUUUUCUUUUUAAACUAAGCUACAGUAUUUUUCAAAAUUGUAGACAUACCGUAUAUAUUCGAGUAU